ACCAUUCGCCUUGUGAAUGACGUGUCAACAAAGUGCCGGAAGCUUUCAGUCUGUCCAAAAUGGCUUACCAGACCUUACAGCAGGAGUAUUUACAGAUCCCUGUUGUUACCAGGGCAUAUACAACCGCCUGUGUCCUCACAACUGCUGCAGUGCAACUAGAGAUCAUCACACCCUUUCAGCUAUACUUCAAUCCGGAUUUGAUUCUAAGGAAUUACCAGGUAUGGCGGCUAAUAACCAACUUCCUGUUUUUUGGUCCAGUUGGCUUCAAUUUCCUGUUCAAUAUGAUUUUUUUGUACAGAUACUGUCGGAUGCUAGAGGAAGGCUCUUUCAGGGGACGCACGGCUGACUUUGUCUUCAUGUUCCUCUUUGGUGGGCUUCUGAUGACUAUAUUUGGAACUUUUGUGAGUCUGGUGUUCCUGGGCCAAGCCUUCACUAUCAUGCUGGUGUACGUUUGGAGUCGACGAAACCCAAACGUUCGCAUGAAUUUCUUUGGGCUGCUGAAUUUCCAGGCACCCUUCCUGCCCUGGGUGCUGAUGGGAUUCUCACUUCUGCUGGGCAACUCCAUCAUCGUGGAUCUUCUAGGUAUCGCUGUUGGUCAUGUGUACUUCUUCCUGGAGGAUGUUUUCCCCAACCAGCCAGGUGGUGGAAGGUGGCUCAAGACCCCAUCUAUCAUAAAGAUGCUGUUUGACACUCCAGAGGAAGAUGCCAACUACAACCCCCUGCCUGAGGAGCGCCCGGGAGGUUUUGCCUGGGGGGAGGGACAACGCCUUGGAGGUUAAAUACACCCCGAGAUCAUCCCUGAUUGUCAGGUCACUUUCAAGGACAUUCCCUCCGAGAGAUGAAGGGGACGAACAUGGUCUUUGUUCUUGACGUGUUUGUUUAGUUCUGGAUGAAGAAUGCCAAACAACCAGAACUUGUCUGGAGAUAACCAUCUGUUGUCUUUGUAUAUGGGCUUAAAUCAUCCUCAGAAACUCUUCUUGAUGCCAGAUUGUUGCUCUAAGACUAUUUUAGAGGACACAAGCUUUGGAUGGACGGUGAGCCUUAUGGCUUGGUUGAUGUUUGUCUUCAUCUCGGGAAAAAAAAAAAAUUGACAAUACAACAACUGUCAUAUAAAAGAGUCAAAAAAUGACAGCAGUAAAAUAUUAUCGAAAUGAAUUUAUUCAGAUGGAGAGUGCUUUUUUUCUUUCAUUUCACUUUUUUAAAGAAUAAAUGUGUGUGGCAAAUGA